AUGGCGAUGCCGAGGGCGCCGGGCGCGGGAUCGCUCCGCUUCCUGGGCCUCCUGAAGCAGCCGGAGUCAGCAGGGCCCGACGCUGCGCCGUUCGAGCUCGACGAGCGCGACGUGGUGUGGCCGGCGGGCGGGGGUCAGCAGGACGGUUGGGCCGCCCCGCCGGCGCCGGGGCCGGCGCCGAGCGCGGCGAGGCGGCGUGCGCACGCCGUGCCGCACAGCUUCGGUCUGUCGUCCCUGCUGGCCGAAGGCGGUGGCGGCGGCGGCGGGGUGCCCGUGCCCGUGCCCGCGAGGGCGGUGGCGCCGAGCGCCGCACCGAGGCAGUCGGCGCCGUGGCCGGGGAAGGCGGCGGGCGGGCGACGCGCGGGGGAGGACGGCCGCGGCGUCGGCGGCGCAGGCGGCAGGAGGGCCGACGAGGACGAGGAGGACGGGGACGAGUUGGUGCCGCCGCACGUGGUCGCGGCGCGGCGCCACGCGCGGUCGUCGUCCGUGCUGGAGGGCGCCGGGCGCACGCUCAAGGGCCGCGACCUCCGCCGCGUCCGCAACGCCGUGCUCCGGCAGACCGGGUUCCUGGACCUCUGA